AUGGCUGCCCCCGCUGUUAUGCAACCUUACCAUGUGGCGCAGUAUGAUCAUCGCGCAUUCGAUACCUUGAUGGAUGUUGACGAAUCCGCCUACUACUUCGAGUCGCUUACCGGCUACGAACACCUGCGUUCCGGGCUUAGAGACAUUUUCAUGCGCCAUGGCGUGGAUGAUAAGCUCGCCGUCGCGUUACUUCAUCGUCACUUCGAGUUGGCCUCGAAUGAAAAGCUCGUGGAACUUGGACCGGUGUCUUCACCGUGGCCGAUUGCUAGUCAUGACGACUCUGUGUUAGGGGGUAGUAUCCUCCCACACACCUGGCGAGUGUUCGAGAAUGAACUCCAUCCGCUUGAGUUUCGUUUUGUUGCCAAGCACGAACUACAGGAUGCCAAACAGGUCCAGUUCACACGCGCCUUCUUUGAAGACUUUCGUCAAUACGUGACAGCAAACGGUCUGGAAGGCGUCAUUGGGAUAACGCAGAUCAACCACGGAGAUGAUGACGGCGAGAGUGAUGUUCAGCUCAUGGAGGUCACCCAUGGCCGGAGUUCGGUUAUGGUUCCUGCCAUUCCUACAAGUGAAGCUCCCGGCCCUUUCUUCCAAACAGUCUGGUCCUUUGUCGAGAAGCAAACCUCGAAGCCGGACACGGAUGGCUUCAAGGCCCGUCACGGCAUUUGCUACAAAGCACAGUCCACAGAUGUUUCUGCUCCCAGCCCCGCCGACUCUCUCAGUGAUGGGGUCCAGGCUCGCCACGGCAUCUGCUACAAAGCACAGUCCGCAGAUGCUUCUGCUCCCAGCCCCGCCGACUCUCUCAGUGAUGGGGUCCAGACUCGCCACGGCAUUUGCUACAAAGCACAGUCCACAGAUUCUCCCAGCCCCGCUGACACUCUCAGUGAUGGGGUCAAGGCUCGUCACGGCAUUUGCUACAAAGCCAACUCCAAAGAGGCUUCCAACAAUGGUUCCAUUGACACUCUUAAGGAUGGCAUCCAAACCCGCCAUGGAAUCUGCUACAAAGCGCAGUCCGCAGACGCUUCCAACAAUGGUUCCUUUAAUACUCUUGAUGAUGGCAUCCAGACCCGCCACGGAAUCUGCUACAAAGCCAACUCCAAAGACGCUUCCAACAAAGGUUCCAUUGACACUCUUAAGGAUGGCAUCCAGACCCGCCACGGAAUCUGCUACAAGAGCAUGCCAAUCGGUGUUUAA